AUGACAUUUAGUACAACAUUUAAUAGAUGGAGAAUUAAUGAUGUAAAACAAAAAAAGUCAAUUUUAAAAACACAAUUAAAUUCACUACAAUCACAAAUUCAACAAGCACAAGAACUUUCAAUUGAAAAAGAUCAUAUAUUAUUAGAUUUAGAACAAGUAUUACAAGAUCAACAAGAAUUACAUCAUAAUUUAAUGGAAGCUCAUUCUAAAUUAGAUGAUAUUUAUUCACAAAUGAAACAACAUCAUACAGAAGAAUUGUUACAAAUUGAAAAGAGAAUUAAAGCAACUGAAGAAUAUAGUCAACGUGUUCAUAAUGAAAAGAUUGAAUAUAGACAUCAACUUGAUCAAAAUGAAUUAAUUAUUGCUCAAUUAGAAGAAACAAUUGCUAAGGAAGAAGCUUAUUUCAUUCAAAAGAGAAAUGCAUGUAUGAAUAUUCGUAUUGAUACCACUCAUAUUGUUGCAGAUCACAAACAAAACUUUGAUUCUACACUAACUAGUUGUGAAAAAUCUCAAAUGGAUACUUUUGAAUAUAUUAAGGAAAUUGCACAAUACACAUCAAGUGAAAUGCAAAAAUGUAUCAAUAAUAGUUCUGCCAACAAUAAUUCUCUCAUCUCCUCUUCUAAAUAA